AUGGAUUCCUCUUUGAGUGUCACUGCCAGAAAAACUUCAGGAAGGUUCACUACGUAUCAUUUUGUUCAUAAUCAGGAGUUCAGACAUGUUGAUCCAAUAUUUUUUUCUAUUUUUGGUGAGGAAUUAAGACCGGUUUGGCAGUUGGAAGAUAUUGAAGGCAAUCAACAUCAGUUAACUUUUAAUAUGGAUGUGAAUCAUCCCGUUCUCACGGAUGGUUGGUUGCUAAUAUUCAUUUCAAUCUAUGUUCGAGGUGUACAAUUCUGUCAACCUUCUCGGGAGCAAGCUAUUAGAUCUAUUUCGAAGAUAUUGGAUUUUGACAAUAAUUCUGAAGAAGAUGAAAAUGAUGAUAACAUAAUUGGACAUUUCAAAUCUGAUUUGUAUUCAAAAGCUGAAAUUCAAGGGAAAAGUACAACUUCCAUUGUUGAAGAAACCUCCACAAUUGCUUCAAAAGUUGUUAAAAGGUCUGAUAGUCAGCAAUCCAUAUUUGAUAAAUCAUUGAUCGAAGAGUUGAAGAAAAUGAUUGACAAACACAAUGUACUUGCUCAAACAUUCAGAAAAGUAAGAGAUUUUAUACAUGAUGAUGAACAAUCAGAUUUUGGAUUGAGGUUAUUUAGACAUCGCUUUAAGGAUCCUAGAGUAUACAAUACACAAGUAGCAGAUGAAGUGGCAACAUUGAUUGUUGGUGAUUUGAGCACCUUAGAUGUAGGAAGGGACAUCAUUGUCAAGAAAGUUUCUGUGGAUACAUACACUAUGAUGGAAGCCCAAAGGUUGUCUUUUAUACGAAAUAAUCAAAAACUCAUUCUUUCAAAUAUUCUGAAUGGGUUACAAGAAGCUGUUAACAAAUGUAAAACUGAUCCUUCUUCCAUUGGUAAGCGUAUUAUUCUUCCAGCUUCAUUUAUAGGUGGUAUGAGAUACAUGUUCAAUAAUUGCCAAGAUGCUAUGACAAUUUGUAAGAGGUAUGGCUAUCCAGAUUUGUUUAUAACAAUCACAUGUAAUGUAAAUUGGCCUGAAAUUCUUGAUUUUGUCAAAUCAAGAGGAUUAACUGCUUUAGAUAUGCCAGACAUUGUUAAAAUGAAAUUAGACCAAAUGAUGACAGAUUUCAAGACGAAUCAUUUCUUUGGCAAAGUCAAUGCAGGUAUGUAUACAGUUGAAUUUCAGAAGAGAGGUCUGCCACAUGCUUAUAUAUUACUAUGGUUGAGUGACUCAAACAAGUUAGAAAAUGCAAAGCAUAUAGAUCAAGUCAUCUUUGCUGAACUUUCUCAUCCAGAUCUCUAUCCUAAACUUUCAAAGGAUGUUCAAACAUAUAUGAUACAUGGUCCUUGCGGAGCCGCUAGAUUCAACUCGCCAUGUAUGAAAGAAGGUCGGUGUUCUAAAUUUUUUAAAAAAUUUAGACAUUCAACUACAAUUGAUGAAGAUGGAUAUCUUGUAUAUAGACGUAGAGAUGAUGGUUUAUUUGUGUUGAAAAAUGGACAUAAAUUAGGUAAUGCAAAUGUGGUGCCGUAUAGUCCUCUUCUCUUAAUGUGUUAUCAAGCUCAUGUUAAUACAGAAUAUUGCAACAAAUCCAACUCAAUCAAUUAUUUGUUCAAAUAUGUCAACAAAGGUCCUGAUAGAGCAACAAUUAAAAUUACAGACAAAGAGAAUGAAUCUACAGAGAUGCGUAUUGUUGAUGAGAUAAAAAGAUACUAUGAUUGUAGAUAUUUAUCUUCAUGUGAAGCAGUUUGGCGAAUUUAUGGCUUUGAUAUCCAUCAUAGAUGGCCAGCUGUUCAACGUUUAACUUUUCACUUACAAGAUCAACAACCAGUUUUGUUUAAAGAUGAUGAUCGAAUUGAUGAUGUAUUGCAUAGGAAUGAGAAUAUGAACACCAUGUUCCUAGCUUGGUUUGAAGCUAACAAAAAAUUUGAGGAAGGUACAAACUUGACCUAUGCUGAAUUUCCAACAAAGUUUGUUUGGAUGUCUCAACAAAAACAAUGGAAACCAAGAAAGCAAGGUUAUAGUAUUGGUCGACUAACAUAUGUUCCUCCAGGAUCAUGUGAAUGCUACUACAUGAGAAUCUUACUAAAAAAACAAAAAGGUUGUAUUGAUCAUGAUAGCAUAAAGACAAUUAAUGGUAAAACAUUCUCCACAUACCAAGAGGCUUGCCAAGAAUUAGGAUUAUUGGCAGAUGACAAAGAAUUCAUUGAUGCUAUUAAAGAGGCUAGCCAUCUUGCAUCUGGAAAUCAACUUAGAAGGUUAUUUGUUGCUUUGUUAAUCAUGAAUACAAUGUCUAAGCCAAAUGUUGUUUGGGAUGCAACUUGGACUUUACUUGUAGAUGGUAUCCUAUAUCAAAAAAGAAAAGACUUGAACAUACUAGGUACUAAAUUGAAUUAA